AUGGUGGGGCUGUCCUGGCUGACACGCCUCUACAAAAUUGCAUGGAAAUCAGGGGCAGUGCAUUUGGAGUGCCAGACUGGGGUGGUGGUCCCUUUCUUUAAGAAGGGGGACCAGAGGGUGUGUUCCAACUACAGGGGGAUCACACUCCUCAUCCUACCCGGGAAAACUUAUGCCAGAGUUCUGGAAAAGAGGAUCCGAUCGAUAGUUGAACCUCGGAUCGAGGAGGAACAAUGCAGGUUUCGUCCCGGUCGUGGAACGACGGAUCAGCUCUUCACCCUCGCUCGGGUUCUUGAGGGGAGAUGGGAGUUUGCCCAACCAGUCCACAUGUGUUUUGUGGACUUGGAGAAGGCCUACGUCCUGGUCCCUAGGGCAAUCCUGUGGGGGGUGCUCCGGGAGUACGGGGUGGAGGGUUCCUUACUAAGGGCCGUCUAG